AUCCUUGUUUAUAAUCAUCUGUUUUGAACCGCGUUUUUACAUUCCUUUUUCUUCUUGUUUUUUGCAUGCAUUUUGGUAUGAUUCAAAGAUAAAAUGUUUAAUGUCGUUUAAAAAGCCAAAGAAGAGAGAGGUGCAAAACUGCGAAAUAAACCUAAAUAUUUAAACUGUAUUUUGUUCAACGCAAACCUCUUUUAUUUCUGUCAACAACAUUGCUUUAUUUCGCAGUUUUUUUGUAUAUGUGUUUUGUUUUUUCGUACAAAAUAACUGCGUUUAUGCUGCCGUGGGAAAUUCUACAAUAUUAAAAAUUGGAAGUACUUAUUAAACUCAACCAUUAUGAUGCUGCAUUCUUCACGCCGGAGUCCACGUCUACAAGGAAGCGAUAAUUCAAACGCUUCUAACAUACCAGCCCAGACACAGAAAGUGUCUAACCAAGUCACAGUAGAAUCUGCCGCCAUCGCCACCACCACACCAUCAGCCACUACUAGUAAGUCUGCCGUCGUAAGUAGUAAGCCUUUUACGCCAACCACCACAAAUGCCGUAAACGUGUUGGAGAUGCAAAAGCAAAUUGCAUUGUUAAAACGGCAGCUUUCAGAAACCCAGACAAAACUCAGCAGUAGUAAUCGCCAAUGCCAACAACUUGAGUCAGUUAUUCGUUACACGGAAUCUGUAAGUAAUCAUAACCUCACAAAAUCUGUUCCCCCUCAAAUAACAGACACAGCAGCCAGCACACCUUUGCCGCCAGUUACAUCAACAGCUUAUUCUGCCGCCAGCGUACAUAUGUAUACCACCAGCUACAUCUAUAGAGAGCCGUUAUACAAAUACAGACGUAUACACUACACAUACAACAACAAUGACAACUGCCGCCAUACCGUCAUUUCCAAUCAGCUCUGCCAGCAGCAACGCUAUGCCAUCGACGCAAGCAGCACCUGCAGUCGAUAAUUUGAAUAUGUAUUUGUCACCAAAUAUUUCUGUUGGGCCGCCAUCUUGCCAAUCAUUUUCUACACAGCUCCAGCCAACAAUGAAUAAUUUGAUAACCCAGGCUUGUUACCAAAUAAUUCAAGUGCCAUGAUGUAUCCACGUAAGCUUCAAGAAUUGCAAGAAUUUAGUGGUGCAGCGGAAGAUUGGCCAAUAUUUUAUACUGCAUAUCUUCAAUCAAAUGCAACAUAUAAUUAUUCAAAUUUUGAAAAUAACCAGCGCCUACAAAAGAGCCUCAAAGGUGAUGCUCGUGACUUAGUUAAGUCUUUGUUAAUUCAUCCAAUCAACGUAAGUGCUGUCAUCGAACAGCUUCGUAUUAGAUUUGGUAGACUGGAACCUUUGAUUCAAAGCCAGUUGCGUCAAAUAAGAGAAAUUCCACAUAUUUCGGAAAAUAAUUUAUCAAAAUUAAUACCCUUUUCUACAAAGGUAAGAAAUCUGACUGUUUUUCUUCAGUCCGUGGAAGGACACCAACAUAUUGCCAACCCAACGUUGUUAGAUGAAUUAAUUUCGAAACUGCCAAUGAGCAAAAAAUUAGAUUGGGCCAAAAUUGCAGCUACUAUCAAGCCAUAUCCUACUCUUCUUAAUUUUAGUGAUUUUAAGGAUGAGAUGACCAACUUAAUUUGUUCAAUACAGGAUGCCGACAACAAGGAACCAAAACGUCGAGUACUACUUCACACUGCGAAAAGGCUGCCACAAUGUCCUUUAUGCAAAGGUCAACACAAACUUUGUGAUUGUCGCAGUUUCCUAGACUCAACUAUAAAUAAACGUUGGUCAGACGUUAAGAAGAUUCGUGCCUGCUUUUCAUGCCUUAAUGUUGGCCAUUCAACCCGCGAUUGUCGUCGUAAAAAAUGUUUACAAAACGGUUGUCAACGAAAUCACCACAAAUUACUCCAUGAAGUUACCAACGAGACAGUGCCACCUGCCACCCCAAAUGAAGUGAGUGACCCUCAACAAAGCGUACUCAGCUGUUCUUCUGCCAACAACAACAAAAAAUUUUUGUUUCGUAUUUUACCUGUUACAUUGUAUGGUGAAUGAUGUCGUUUGGAUAUUUAUGCCCUCUUUGACGAUGGAUCGUCAAUUACAAUGAUGGAUAAGGACGUUGCCGAAAAGCUUGGAGUACGUGGUCAGAAAGGUAACUUAAAUAUACAUUGGUUUGGCGGUCGAUCAGCUCAGGAGUCAGUUUUAAAAUAAGUGGUAUAGGUAAAUCUAAGUGCCAUUGUAUGCGCAAUGUUUAUGCUGUUUCAAAUUUAAAUCUGCCUAUGCAAAGUUUAACAAAUCAAGAUUUGCAAAAUAGUUUUCAAAGAUCGUCAUCUUUUCCCGUUAAACCCUACACCAACGUAAUACCCCAGCUGUUAAUUGGAUUGGAUCACGCGUAUUUAGGUUUGCCAACUAAUACUCAAGUAAAUUUGUCUUCGGGUCCAUUUGCCUGCAAUACCGAAUUUGGUUGGUUAGUGUUCGGCCCCUGUCGUACUUUGUCAACAAAUUAUCCCUCAUGUCUUAUGGCAAGCAUAGAAAAUGAUAGCAGUCUUCAUCAACUUGUUAAACAUUUUUUCAACGUGGAAAGCAUUGGUGUAAGACCGGAGAGUGAUGAAGACGUAAGAGCGAAUGGAAUUCUGCUAGAAACAAGAAAACGAAUUGGGGACCGAUUUCAAACCGGCCUCUUAUGGAAACAUGAUAACAUAAAGCUGCCAAACAGUUAUCCAAUGGCCCUUAGACGCUUGGAGGGAAUUGAAAAAAAGAUGAAUCAAAAUGUAAUCUUUGCUGCUGCAUACAAAGAAGUAAUAAAUGGGUAUGUAGAAAAAGGCUAUGUUCGUAAACUUCGUUUAGAAGAAAUAGAGUUGUCAAGUGACAAAAGAUGAUAUUUGC